GCCCCCCCCGCGGCCUGUCGCCCCGACGCGCGGGCCCGUUUCCCAGGCGCGCGGCGGCCGCUGCGGAGCCAAGCGCGUGGAUGGCGGCCGCGGACGAGCUCCAGUUCCAGGAAUUUGACGACGCAGCUAAUUUGCUUGCAGCAAAUCCCGAUGCUACCACAAUAAGCAUCGAUGAGCCAUCCGAAAUCCCUAAGAACAAGCACGGUCGUCUGCAACAGUCAGGGAGGGAGGAGGAUGAUGAGUUAUUGGGGACCGAUGACUCUGAUAAAACAGAGCUGCUUGCUGGACAGAAGAAAAGUGCCCCUUUUUGGACAUUUGAGUACUACCAAACGUUCUUCGAUGUGGACACCUAUCAGGUCCUGGACAGAAUCAAAGGUUCGGUUUUCCCAGUGCCAGGGAAGAACUUUGUAAGGCUAUAUAUCCGCAGCAAUCCCGACCUUUAUGGUCCCUUUUGGAUAUGUGCCACUCUGGUCUUUGCCAUUGUUGUUAGUGGCAAUCUUUCAAAUUUCUUCAUUCAUCUGGGCAAGCCAACAUACCACUAUGUGCCCGAGUUCAGAAAAGUGUCCAUAGCAGCGACAACGAUUUAUGCUUAUGCUUGGCUUGUUCCCCUUGCUCUCUGGGGAUUCCUGAUGUGGAGGAACAGUAAAGUUAUGAACAUUGUCUCCUACUCAUUCCUGGAGAUAGUAUGUGUUUAUGGCUACUCCCUCUUCGUUUAUAUUCCCACAGCGAUUUUAUGGAUUAUUCCACAAAAAGUGGUGCGCUGGGUCCUGGUGAUAUUCUCUCUGUGCCUUUCGGGGUCUGUUCUGGUGAUGACAUUUUGGCCCGCCGUCAGAGAUGAUAACCGAAGGAUUGCACUGGCAACUGUUGGGACCAUCGUUCUGCUUCAUGCCCUGCUGGCUGUUGGCUGUUUGGCAUACUUUUUUGAUGCCCCUGAACUGGAUUUUCCUGCACCUAAUAUCCCUGCUCACAAUGGAACAACAGUAAUAACAAAGAUUCAGUAAAUAAGCAGCUCUCCGUGUACAGGGGAAUCCGUGUACUUGCUGAUUAUGGUUGACUCAGUAUCUGAGCCAUCCAUACGGGCUGCAUUCCCUGUGUGGGAUGGUUUGAGGUUUUGCUUCCUGGUAGCUGGGAGUGCUGCCAGAGGCAGAUGACAUUCGAAUUCCGUUGAAGAUACGACACGUGGAGCAGGUCCAAGAAAAGGCCAGGCCACUGCAAGCAUAUCAACCACAAGCAUAUAUAUGAAAAUUAGAGUGAUGGUCUCAGAAUAUUUACUAACUAGAAGCUAUAUUGGUUUUUAAAAAGAAAAUAUAGCCAAAUGUGCCUAGCACAAAUGGUCACAAAAAUUUACCAGCUGUGACACAAUACCUUUAAGAGCCUUUCCUCUUGCAAAAUCAGCUUCUCAUCCCAGAUGGCUAUUAGGAUUCAAAAUGAUAGUGAUAACUUUUAGAUAUAAAUGUGCACUUUAUCGUGUUCUGUGGCUCCUGUGAGGAGCUGUAAUAUUCAUAGGAGCUAUCUGUCC